AUGUAUCGAAUUUGGGCAGUACCUUUUCUCGUCAGUCGCCUUAUCGAAUCAGGCAUCGCGCAGUUAAACCUAACCAGACAGCUCUCGCCAUCAAACAGUACCAUCUAUCCAGAGGUAGGCAAAUAUUUCCAUGAACCGGGUAGUGAUGAUAUCCUCGGUCAUUAUGAUAUUCGAUAUUUCAACGGCGUGGUCAGCUAUCAAGAACGAACACACACUUUGACCCAUAUGAUCGGGGCAUAUUUGCAGUUCUUCAGAGAGAAUAAAUUGGAUACAUGGAUUGCCCAUGGAACGCUAUUAGGCUGGUGGUGGAAUGAAAAGAUUCUACCCUGGGAUUGGGAUAUAGACGCGCAAGUUACUGGAAUGACGUUAGAAUAUAUGAGCAGAAAUCUCAAUCGAACGAUAUAUACGUACAGCCCCAACGAGAAAACAAUACGAAAAUACCUCCUGGAUGUCAACCCAAGGUCUGAGGAGCGGGGAUAUGGCGAUGGCCUUAAUAUAAUCGAUGCGCGAUGGAUCGACGUUCGAAAUGGUCUCUAUAUUGACAUCACGGCCCUGAGUGAGCUAGAUCCCGCCCUAGAACACGGAAUUGUAUCAUGCAAAAACUUUCAUAAAUAUAAUAUUUCAGAUCUGUUUCCAAUGCGCCAAGGCACUUUUGAGGGUGUUCCAGCCAAUAUUCCAUUCAAAUAUAAUGGGAUUUUAACUGAGGAGUAUGGGGAAAAGGCGUUAAUCGAAAGAGAAUAUCAAAAGUGA